AUGAGGCAGAUAGUACACCUGUACACCCUGGUUCGCUGGGCAAAACAGAAUAGCCCAGCUUAUACAGCCGUAAAUCAAGACUUAUUUGUGAAUUUCAAAGCUUGGCUACAUACUAAAAACUGGAUAAAAGAUACAAAUUCAGAGAAAAUUUCUUGGAAUAAGAUAAGAGAAGUAAAAGUGCAAUGGAAUAAUCCAGACAUUAUUGAAUUUAAAUACGAUUUUUUUGAAGAAAAUUAUAGAAAACUGAACUGUGGCCUGAAUUUGAAAUUGACUAGAGGGAGGAAAAAGAAGGCACAAGAACCAAAACUAGAUAAGUUGUACAAUAAUCCUAUUUCUAUCACCGAAGUGAAAUAUAAAGACUUGGUUAGUUUAUGCGAUACAAUGAUUAUCCCAAAAAAAUACGAGUAUCAUGACUUCUACAAGAAUCUUAAGCAUAGUAAAGAAGAACAGGGUGAUGACGAAGAAGAUUAA